AUGACCGCGGAGGAAGGAGCAACGUCAGGGAUCAGGCGCUGCAGCCUGACGCUGAAGCCUCUGCGCCACGGAUCCAAGUGUACACGUGACAUUGGCCGCUGUUGAAUUCUCUGCUGAAAUGUGUCUGCUGUGAUGCAGCGGUUGGCUGAAACAGAUCUUCGGGAAAUUACAGUAGAUUUAAUUGAUAAUUACUAAAACAGUAAGCGGAGGAUUAUGGUCAA